CUGCACGUGCGGAAAUUUUAGCACAGUCGUUGCCCCUCUUUAGUUCAGUAGAGUACCAACAUCUCAAACCCCACUUGAGUCAAUUGACAUCUGUCAGAUGAAUAAAUUUAUCUCCCUGUUACGUAUAGCUGGAAUUUUGCGCUAAGAAGAAAAUGGCAGCAGCCCCACCCGCACGGCAAGGACUGAAGGCGUUGAUUCUACGCGGCUGGAAUGAAGUGCCCGACAUCGUCGGUGGCUCCGUGCUUGCCUUGAUCGGAUUGGGUUUCAUCGGGGUAGGACUGACCAACUAUUACCGGAAGGAUGGCGAGAAUAAGCGGUACAAGUUCACCUACGUCGUGUUCCGGGACGAUGACCCACGGGCGCAGAAGGUUCGCAAGGACUAAGAGCGGGAGUUCCAAACAAGUUUUCGUGUUUAGCAAGUUUAUUCGUAAAUAAAGUUCUUAUGACUAAA